AUGAAGCAAGCAACAAGGAAGCAGGUCUUUCCAAAGCUUAAAAUCCAUGAGUUUAAAUUUAAAUGCAUGUUCCCUCCAGAGGCUGAGUUAUGGAGUCUCCUUAGAGGUUUGCAAAGGGCUUGGGCUAAGGGUAUUAGGACUCUUUCCUCCCCUAGGGUUUGUCCCGUGAGGUUGUCCUACGAAGGUUUUAAAGAGGUCACUAUACCGUGUCUCUCUUCGUAUGCCUUUGGUUUUAUGAACAAAAUCUCUUUCUAUAAAUAA